GUUGCAUUAGCUAAGACGUUUAGAUUUCGCCAAAAAUUCAAGUCAUUUAUUGACCAAUACGAACUGCGCGAGCUGCAGUACCACUCCAUGCUUCGGCUCAAGGAGCUAGAAAUACAGUAUCAUUCUGCUCGCCUCGAGCAGCAGCGCAAGCAGCAAGAAGCCGAAUCGUCAAAGUCGCAUCAAUUGACCCGCCAGGUCUCGACCUUCUCACAAACCGAAACAGAACUCCGCACCCAGCUCAACAUUUAUGUCGAAAAGUUCAAACAGAUGCAGGUUGAGGAAACCCUCAACAACUCCAACGACCUCUUUCUCACGUUCCGCAAAGAAAUGGAAGAAAUGUCCAAGAAGACGAAGCGCCUCGAAAAGGAAAACCAAAAUCUGCAGCGCCACAAGGACAUUACCAAUCGAAAUAUUGGUGAAAUGGUUGAGGAGCGCCAAAAGAUGCAGGAGGAGCUUGCCAAGAAGACGAGGGAGGCCGAGGAGCAGCGCAAGAAGAUUGCCCGAUUAGAGACGCUGUGCCGCGGCAUGCAAGCACAGGGUCGUGGACAAGUACCCAUGCACGAGCUGGAGCACGAGGAGCACGAGGAGGAAGACGAAGAGGUGACGGAGAGUGAGUACGAGUAUGAAGAUGAAGAUAGCGCAGAGUACGACGACGACACCGAGGAAGACGGCGUUGAACCCGCACCUGAACGUCGACCCUUUGGACCCGUGCCACCGCCGCCCCCACCGCAACCGCAGCCAGGCACGCAGGGUAAAGUCAAUGGGCACAAACAGGUCAAUGGGCAAAUGAAUGGAGUCAAACGCUAAUAGCAAAUGUCAGUCUCUCAUGUUGUUCCAUCGUCUUCUUCUGCACAGUCUGCA